CUCUCUCUCAAAUAAAUAAAUUAAUUAAAAACAAACAGCAAUAACCAAGAUCAUUACAGAACCAGAGAGGAGCUGGGAAGGAAGGAGAUCACAGGGCCUUUGCACGGGCAGGUUCCUCUGCCCUGGAGUGUGUUUCCCACAGAGGCUCAUGGGUUGUGCCCAUCCCCUCCCUGCUCCCUCCCCUCACUCUGCGCCCUGCUUGCCUUCCCCCUCCGGAGCACCCUUCGGGGUUGGGCAUCUCAGUGUGUUUCUUUGUUUGUUCAUUUAAUGCAUGUCUCCCAUCUUGGACUGGGCGCUGGGGAGGAUCAGGAGCGCGUCUGACCCAUCUCUGAGCCGGCCGCGGUGCCAGGGCCAGGCCCGUGGAACAUAUGUAUUCUAAAGAAUGUAAAGGAAAUAAUCUUUCAAGCUGAGAAGUCACCUGAGGCAGCGUGGGGCGUGUCUUCAUGAGAAAUUUCAUGGGGGACAUGGGUACCUGCCCCGGGCACGGGACCCGCCAGCAGCAGACCUGCAAAAGGCCCUCAGAAAUCCAGACCCCGGGGAAAGGAGCAGAGCUGCCUCAUCUGGGGGCCAUGGGGACAAGGAGAAUCGACCCCUUCCCCGCCUCCAGACUCUCCUGGGUGAUCAGAGGCGUCCAUGGGAGUGUGGGAUGUGGACGUCUCCCACCAAGCUCCUCUGGGGACAGCCUCGCUCUUCUCCGAGGCCGUCCGCACUCAGUUUUGACCAUAUUUGCCUCAGAGCCAAGUGGCCACCCGGUGGGGCCGUGGUAUAAAUAUCAGUUUAUUUACUCUGUGUCCCAGUUAAGCAUGCUUCCGAGUAACGAAAGGCUUCCCUGUUUUUCUUGCAUACGUUUGGAAAUGCGGCCCCCGGGGUAGGAGAUAGUAGCACGGGGCUCAGCUGGGGAGAAGUUUGCUGGAGGUUCUAAACCACCUUCGUGGGCCGGCCUGGGGCUCUUCCUCCCAGGCCGCUCCGCACCGGCUUCCCUCCCGGAAAGGAAAACAGCAAAUUCUCGGUGACGUCGGACCUCCCGCCUGCCCCCUUGUGCUCAGGCCGCUGUGGGCGUUUGCCAACUUUCUGUAACUGUGCCCUCGCUUUCCUCUGGGGAAUCCGCCCUGGGCCCCGGCUGGUUCCAGAUCCUUCUGCCCUUUCUACAAAUGCCCAUGCCUCUUCUGGCCCAGGCACUGGGGGUGCAGCAGUAAAAAGAUAGGUGUAGCUACUGCCCUAAUAGGAGCUCGCCUUCUCAGGAGAACAAGCCAAGAAAUCACUGAGUUACAAAUUUGUGAAGGAAACAAACAGGGAAGUGGCUGGAGAAGAAUCAGGAAGGUCCAGGUCAGAGGUGGGUCCAGCAGACAGCUCACUGGACACAGGUCAUACACAGAGGCAACAGUGGGAAGAGCGGUUCGAAACAGUCACAGCAUGUGCAAAGGCCCUGAGGUUGGAUGUGCCCAGCCAGGCUGGAGGGUAGGGAGGCCUGCACAGCAAGAGCAUGGUCUGGGACCAGAGGCCGAGGUUGGCACAGCGGCUAGGGAACUGGGUAGGGAUGAAUGCAUUAAGCUGCUCCCCCCAGCCCCCACCAAAACAAAAACGGGCGCCCAGCGUGGCUUUGGCACAGCUUCCUAUGGGUUGGGGUUGGGAGCAAGGGGCCUGACGAGGAGCGCUCCCUUGCAUCUUUGCUCUCCCCCCUCCCCUGGGUACCAUUCCCCCAGCAUCUCCAUGUUUGCUGUGAUGGAGCCAAGAUGGUCGCCAGCAUGACUUCCGCUCUUGCUUCCGCCUGGCCGCCCAGAAUAGCGUUUGACAUCUCCCUGAGGUCCCCACCUGCCACCCCCAGCUGUCUCCGCCCUCCCUUCCUCCCUGAAGAGGAGGGGAAGCGCUGCUGGUCUUUGGCGGGGACGGGCCGCGGGGGUGGUUGGUUUAGUGGAUAGGAGGGCACACACGGGUCCCAAGGAGCGGCAAGCCCCAGCGCCCCAGCCUCCUUUGCACCCUGGGCCAACUGCGAGCCGGCACCUUCCUGCUGGGAAUAGUGGUGGCGUUUUCAUCAGGAUAGUUGCACAGCUUCUGUCCCCCAAUGUCUCGACUAAGCGUCGCAGAGGCGAGUAUGUCCCAUCCUGUCCCAUGCCCAGUUUUCUCCCUGGAAGCAUCUGGAACCUCCAGUUUGGACUCACGUGUAUUGUACCUGCUGGUCUCUCCAUGCUCGCCCAGAUCAAGGAGCCACACGCAACCUGUGAGGUGCCCUUCCCUGAAAUAUGCCUUGAAGGGCCAUACUUUUAAAAUUCAUUUUCCAAAUUCAGUGACCCGGCAAGAACCUGCCCCCUUACCCAGCCCUGUGGUUUCCUGGCUCCUUCUGGGGUGUCUACAGGGGCUCACGUAGGCCUCCGACCACGCUGAGAGAUUGUGGAGCCUUCCCUGUUCUUCUUCAGCUGUUCGUGCCAGCCCAGGCUCCUGGGAAAAGCUGCCUGCUGCCCUGUCCCCAGACACGAGGGCCAGUCCAGGUUUUGGCCUGCAGGGACUCCAGCCUGGGAGCUGCCCAGGGGCCUCAGGGCGAGGUUGAGGCUCCAUGACAACUUCACUAGUUCAACCCCUCCCUUCAAAUAAACACAUCGGCUGAGAAACACUGCAGAGAAGUGCUGAGUGCUCCCAGGUGAGCCUCUGUCUCAGGACCUUUGCAUGUGCUGUUCCCUUUACCUGGACUGCUCAUCCCCAGGUUCUUUCCAAGGCAGAGCUGGAUGGGUCUGGCCCUCAGUGGGGAUGCUGGAAAGUUCUCUGAGAUGCUUCCAAAUGUGGACCUGACAAGGGACAGUCGCAGAUGCCCCUUGAGAAACAUUCAAAGGAGGCCACCAAACCAUUCAUCCCUGAGGAAUUAAUAGCCAGCUGCUACACGGAAGAAUGCACAGACUUGUAGGCAAAGAAAGAAAUGCAGACAAAGCCCCUCUCCAUUUUGAUCAAAUUAUGAAACAGUUAUAAAGUGAUAAAACCCUGUGCUGGCAGGGAUGUGGAGAAAACGACACAUCAGCUUCGCUGUAAACACAUUCUGAUCUGGAAGGUCAAUCUCCGGUGCAAGGAACAAGUGCUGAGAAACCGCACAGGCCCUCUGACCCAGCGUUUUGUCCUUUGGCAACAUGUCUCGGUCCUCAGGGACAAAAACAUUUACAGUUGCCUUUUUUAAAAGUGCGGAGGGGUAGAAAAAACAAAGACCAAAAACCCCAGAUGCCCUCGGCUAACAUUUGUGGAGUGCUCACUCUGUAAGAAAAGCUGAACGUGUAUUUGUUCUUCAGUCCUCGGAGAGCUGUGUGUUUUCUGACCCCCGCUCCGCAAAGGAGGACCUGGGAGCACAUGGAGUCCGGCCCCGACUUUGUGGUCAUUCAGGUGCUCAGCGGCCAAGCUGAGGUUUGAGGACAGGCUGCCCUGUGUGCUAUGCGCUUCCCCCGCCCCCCACUCUGUGCAACUCAGAGAGGGAAGGCCCGACCCCACACUCCUGUUCUAUAGCCUGAAGGUUGACUUGUCCACCUAAGAGAAGGUGACAUGCAGCUCCGUGGGCGUGUGCUGUCACCAUGAGGCAAUCCAAAGGAUAAAAGGGCUUCUUUCUGCUUUUGCCGGGUGCUAACUGUGAGACAGCUGCCUGGCAGGCAUGCCCCGGCCUGUGGUUCUGGAAUGUGGGCGAGCCACCCUCCCGGAGACCUGCCGUUGGUGGUCGGUCUUGAGAUAGCUAGUCCCAGCCCACAGAGCCGGCCAGCAAACGCACUGUGUGUUUGCCCCGGGAACCAAGCCAGCACCCUUCACGCUGCCUUCAUGGGAGCGGAGCCCUGACCUAAAGCCUAGAACAUCUCAGGGCUACCCCGGGGGCAGGAAUGCUAGCGGCUGCCUGGUCAGAGGGGCUGGACGGAGGGCCGUAGUCCAGGCAACUCUGGCUUCAAGGAGAUCAUGACGUUUUAGAGAGGGGUCACAGGGCAGAGCUGGGAGAUCCUCCGUCUCUUGAGCAGGGCACAGGAGGGGACUCAGCUUGGUGGCACUUGAGAGGCUAGUGUGAGUGUUGACGUGUCUCAGACUCUCAAGGAACCGUGGCUCCUGUUCUUGGGGCCCGGCCUCCCUGUCUCUAAAGAACAGGCCAGUGCAGAUGGGUGUGUCAUAAACGUGGGCCCUGCGCUGCCGUGGGGUGGGCAGGCGCCCGGGGAGGUGGCCCUUCCCUUUCAGUGGCUUUCCUGUCCUUCUCAGUUUGGCUGGAAGCUCGGCGUGUCUCAGAGGCUGGCCCGCCCUUCCGAGCCCCCUUUAUGGCAGAGACAGAGAAGCCUCAGGCCCAGGGGCGGGGGCAGGCAACAGUAUUAUCUAUGGUUUGUCUCCACUGUGCUCAUUUUCAGGGCUAUCCUCUAUUAGAGGCAGGUGAUACUGGUUUCCCACUGACAUUGUUGAUAGAGAAUUUCCUUUUGAAAUAAACUUAUAUAGGAUAAAAAAAAAAAAAUAAGAAGAGCCAAAGUAAAUAUAAGUACAAAGCAGGUGGCAGGUCAGAGGCCGUGGUCAGAGCCCUAGAGCUGGUCUCAAGUUUGGGACCCGUGGGCCAUGGCCCUUCUUGGCCCCCAGCAAGAUCAGCCCCAAUAGUGUGGGUUUCACCAGCCUGGUCCCUCCUGGCCUCUCCUCGGUCCUCACCGUCUGGGGCCUGGGGUUUGCUCCCCACCUCCGCAGAGUGCUCUCUCCUGCAUGGGGCCUGGGUCGGAAGCAAAUGGUCCCAGGCUCAAAUCCUCGCUCGACAGUUAGCUGCUGUGUGACCUGGGGCAGCUGUCUCAGCCUCUCUGGGCUUGGGUCCUACUCUGCACAGAGUUAACAGCCCCUUCUUCCCAGGAUAGCACGAGAUUUCCAGGUGGUGACGGCUGGCUCAGAGCCUGGCCUUCAGCAAACCUCCCGCUAUUACCGGCUAUCCUUGCCUUCCCCUUCCAUAAACGGGCCAGCUGAGGUCCAGAAGAGGCUCAAGGCCCAGAGCCCCUAGAUUCAAAGGCGGCCUCCGUGCCUCUGAGUCUCCCCACUGCGGAGACGAGCCCGCCCUGCUUGGCCUGUUCCCGGGCCUGCUCCCGUGUUCUGCUUCCCUGGCAGGCAGCCCCAGCCCUCCCUUUGUCCUGCUGUCGCCGGCUGUCCCGGAGCAGGUGGCGUUGCCCCGGUGCCGGUGGGAGGCUGAGGCGGCGACACACGGGUUGCUAUUUGCUCUCCUCUCCACAGCCCCUUCCUGGCCUGGGCGGACAUGGGCGUGGGGCCAGGUAUGCGGGCGCGGCGGACCUGGAUGUCUCCCUUCCGGUCCAAGCUACCCAAGCCCCUGAGUGGGCCACCUGCAGGGCAAGUGAUGACCAUCUUGUGCCUGGACGGAGGGGUUUCCCGGGAAACAGGACCUGCGGUGCUGGACAGGGCAAGUCCCAGGCACAAGAGGGCACACUGUUCCCCGCUCUGCAAGAGGCCGUGCGUGGGGCGCAGUGGGCGGGAAGGCAGGUGGAAAGGGGACGGGGUCAGCCACGCCCAAGGACAUGGCACGGCUCCCCUCUGGCCCCGUGCCUCGCGGGGUGGGGGAAGGGAGGGGGGGCAGUCUGCACUGGCACUGGCUUUGACAUAGGCAGAGCCGAGGGAGGAAUUCCUGUCCUAUCCCAUAUUAAUGACACAGCACUUCAUUUCUGCUCUCAGAGCCUCAGUUCCUCAUCUGUAAAAUGGGGAUAAGGAUUCCACUACCAUCACAGGGAUGCUGGAGAAUCAGAUGAGAAAAUGAACAUACAGCACGUAGCCAAGUGUAGACAUCUCAUACAUGACAGCACAUAUGAUUAUAUUAGAUGUCUGCUUAAAAUGCAGCAUCCCGCUACUCUUGGAAUAAAGCCCAUCCCUGCUCCUGACAUGAAUCUUUGAAGCUCCUGGGAUUGUGACCUGUGCCUGCAUCUUCUGCCCCAGCCAUGUUGGCCUCCUGGCUGGCCUGGGCCUGACCAUGCUUCUCCCUGCCUCAGGGCCUUUGCACAUGCUAUUUCCUCUGCCUGCAACACCACCUCUGUUUUUCCCAGGACUGCUUCCUUCUCAACUUUAGGCCUCAAUUUAAAGAUUGUCUGCACAGAGAGACCUCGGUGUGCCUUACUUGACAGGAUGUUUGUUCUUUGGGGGACAAGGCAUUUCUUAGCGGCUUCACUGUGGUUGCCCCAAGCCUAGGUGGAUGCCUGGCCCAGAGCUGACCUCAGGGCGCAAUUGUGAACACACUUGUGAACAAUGCACACUGGCCUGUGCAGGCCCCCACAGGGUUGUAGGAAGAGCCCAGAGUCCUAAAUCCCUUUCCUUCUCUGAGUCCUUGGCUUCCUCAACGGUCAGCAGGGACGCCAGGAACAUCCAGCUCUUUGGGGCCCGAGAGGCCUGGAUGAAGUGACAAAGACGGACCUGUCCUUCCAUGGCAGCCACAUGCAGUAGAACCCCGAGGCCAGCAGCAACCCCCAUGGUGACCUCAUGGGCACCCUCUGUACCCACGUGCUUUCCUGCAUCCUCAGUUCAGGGGGAACGUGCCGCGCACACUCACUGCCGCUCCAGACACAGAGGCCCCAUCGGUGUGCUCCCUGCCCAAGGCCCCUGAGGGAGGCAGCCCCGAGCCCGCUGCCCGAGCUCACCGGCCUGGCGCACCACGUGCCCUCGGCCCUCCGGGACAGUCUUCUCGUGGAGACUCCAGAACAUUGUCAGAGCUGUCAAACAAUUUCCCUGCCAGGAUUUUACAAGAAUCCAAGGCCUCGCUGCCCGAUGCCAAACACCCUCUUAAGACAAUACGUCCGGGGCCUGUGGGCCCGUCCGAGCACCGCUGCCUCGCCUCGGCCAUAUAUAGGCAAAAGCUGGGGAAUCCCUCUCCCAUCCCCUGGGCUGCGAUCCCAGGGAGGCCGCCACAGCCCGGGCGGGACCCUGGGGAUCUCGCGCGUCCCAGACCGCCCACCUCCAGCCCAGGGGGCCUGGGGAGGAGGACAGGUGGGCGGGAGCAGGCGGUGGUGCCCCGGCAGCUGCAGCCCGAGUGGCAGGACCAUUGCAGGCUCUGACCAAAUAAGGCCUGGGCAGCGGGGCCUGGCCAGGCUCACGGGCGGCGGGCUUGUCUGCUCCCCGCUUCCUCCCACCGCACUGUCCUGCCCGCUGAGCCUGAGGCAGCGAGCAGAGCCAGUGGGCCAUUCAGCACCCCCGGGAGAGGAGCCUCCGUUUGGGAUCCUUGGAAUGUUCUGUUUGGAACCUUCAGGAGCCCCAUUUAGAACCUUGAGAGUCAAGAUUCCCCGAAUUCCUGCUGCAGCCACGGAGCCCCUGCUGGGCCCGAGGGAGCCCCUGCUGGGCCCGAGGGAGCCCCUGCUGGCCUGCCUUCCCGCAGUGCACGUGUGUCCCUGUCCUGGCCCCUGUGGUGUUCACUGGUUCAUGGCCCCUGUGGGUCACCAGUCACGCCUUGCAGCCCUUCCUGGUGCCUGGUCUGUGAGGUCAAAGGGUGAGGCCAGCCAAGGGGCUGGGGCGGGGGCCUAGGGACUCUGGAGCAAAGGGACCCUGCCCCACCCGUGCCCGUGGUGAGGUGGGGGUGUGAGCCGUUGGGGGGCAGGGUGGACCUCCAUCCCUGUGAACCAGCUUGAGCAGUCCCCUGGGCCACAAGACCCCUGCAGGCAGGGACCUGGAAGAAGGGAUAAGUCCGCUGGGGGGCAGCGGGGUGGGCGGCGGCAAGGGGACAAUGAGGCUUGUCGUACUUCAGGAGCCACCGAGGAGCGCCUGAGUCUUCCUGCCAAGGCUCCCUGCCUUGGCAAGCAGCUUCUCUUCUUGGAACCUCAGCGUCUCAUCCUUAAAAUGGUAUAAUACAAACCCGACCUGGGUUUGGCUGCGGGGAUUCGAUGGGAUAAGGUGCCGAGGGCUCGAAGGGGAUCCUGGGCCAGGGAGGGGGUGCCUCCUUUCCUGGGAGAUUGGGGGAGGCGGGGGCUCUCCCUCUGUCCCGGACGCCCCCUCCCCAGCUUUGUGAGGCCAUCCCUGGUUUCUCAGUAGCCUGGGCGGGCUGGAGAGGCGCUUUACGGUCUCCGGAGCAGGAAGCCUGUGGCUCGGCGUGGCCAGCUGCUGCGUGUGUGAGCACACGUGAGUGCAGGCGAACGUGUGUGAGCCUCCAUGAGCCCAGCUGUGCAAGCAAGGAUGUCUGCGGAAGGCUGGGCACCUGGGGCCCUAGUGUGGCCACGAGGAGGCCAGGGAUAGUGACCGUUUCUCCACCGCCUCUCCGGAGGCAGAUGUCUCUCCGGAGGACCUGAGCAUCUCAGGGACCCAGGGCUCACCUGCUGGGCCCUCAGAACCCCUCUUCCAGGAUUGGCUACAGAAUUGGGGGCCCAGAAACUGUGCAGCCACUAUUCAGAGAGUAGCAAGACUUACAAGAUGGCAACAGCAGAGCAUUAAACCAAGCAUGGGGCCCUUCUGAGCAUGGGGGACCCUGCAUGAGUCCUGGGGCCCUGUGCCCUCCCUCUCCCCAGCAGCUUGGGUGUGUGGCCUGGGCUGGGUCCACUGGACACUUCAGCCUAGCCGUGGCGGUCGGGUCAGCAGGAAGGGUCUGUAAAGUCUCUGAAAGUGAAAGUGACCCUGUCCCCGCAGUCAUGGCCAGGAGAUCCGCCCCAAAUAAACAUGCUCUCCCCACAGCUCUCUUCAAGCCCAGAGUAAGCUCUGCUCCCACAGACCGGAGGCGAGCGUGUGCGGCUCCUGCUGCGAGCCAGCCUGGCGGGGGCUGGCCGGGACGCUGCAGACAAGGCUGUCUGUGAGCUUCUCACCCCCGGGGUGGCCAGGAGGGCCUCUGCUGGACGGGGCAGCCUGGCAGAGCUGCGGAGCCCUGGAGGUGGAGGGCAGGGAGGGCACCAGACGUCCCGAGAGCCCAGAGCUUCUCCUUGGUGCAGUAAAAGGGGGCUACCCCCUGGAGGCUCCUGCAAGGGGCUUGGGGCUUGCCCCCUUUGAUGCUGGCCGUGGGGGGACAGGGGACGCCCCCACCUCUCUGGAAAGUUCUCUAUGAUCUCCAGAGCCCACCCACCUGCCACUUGAAGGCGCUCACUGGGAACUGGUGGCUGCUCUGUUGGAACCACAGGGAUUCCACUCAGAACCUUCUGGAUGGCCCUCUCAGGGUAGGCAGUGGGCUGGCUCGUUCACCAGCAUCUCUCAGAGCCUGGCAAGACAUUGGCACAGAAGGGAAGAGCCAUCAGCUUCCUGUGGGGGUGGAGGAAAGUGGAAUGUUUCUCAGCCAAGAGCGUAGAACCAGGAGUUGGUGUUCGACGCCCUCCCCUGAGGCUGGGAUCGUACCCCACGUGGCUUCUACUCCUUCCACGUUUCAUUUAAUGGAAAACUUCUCAUGCACUUGCCUAUUUUUUGAUGUAGGAUGAGCCGUGCGCCCGGUGGCUCUCUUGCCUUCUGCGAUUUCUUUCUUUAAAGUGGGGAGAGAAGAAAUAGGCUCCCGGAGACAAUCGACCCAGAGCUUCUGGGCAGACUUCUGUGCUCUAAAGUAAACUUGUCUUUUCAAUUAAUGAAUCAACAAAGAUUUAUUUGGCACCGACGGCAUGCCACGGCCAGCACUAGAUACCAAGAAAUUGGAUGAAAAAUGAGCUGAGGAAAAUCCUGCACAAGGACAGCUAGGUUGGUCUCCUGUGUAAUUUACAGAGGCAGAGUCCAAAGCUCAGAGAGGUUGUGUGUUAGCUAAGGCCACACAGCGUGUGCAUGAUGGUCUCUGGAUGGCAAGCAUGUUGAGCUGGAGAAAUCAGCUAGGAGAGGCAGGAAAAUAGGCAGUCAUCGGUGUUUAGGACUCAGGUUUUGGUGUCAGAGAAACUGGGAUCAAACCCUGCCUCUGGGACCAUGCAUCCACCCAAGCCUGGGUUCCCUCACCCUCCAAGGGUUGUGCUUUGCUACAUGCUAAGGCUAGCCUACCUCUUAGAGUCUCAGUUGUUCAUCUGUAAUACGGGAAUGAUAAGAAACCUGCUCAUUCCUUUGGUCCCUCAACAAACAUUUAUUGAGCACCUACUAUGUGCCACACAGUGUUCUAGGCGCUGGGAUACAGCCGUGAAGCCAACAGCCCCCAGGGCUUGUUUUGAGAGUUAACAGAGGUAGGAGGGUGACAGCGUGCCUGCCCAGGCUCCCUCUGUGAGCUGGAUGUGGGGCAAGUCCCAGCAGUGGGGUCAGACUGCAAGUGGAAUUCAGCAAGACAGGCCCUGGUUCUGAACCUGCCGGGGAGCCAGGCCAGGGGCCCAAGGGGAGCAGGGAGAGGACUGGGGGCCAGAAGGAGGGCAAGGAUGAGGGAGAGGAAGAGAGGCGGGGUCGCCGUCACCGCCACCCUUCUCUAGGGAGGAAUGGCAGCUGCCGGACACUGGCUCAUUGGCCCGUCCCUGUGCUCAGCUCCGCACGCGCACAUCUUGUGGGCCCUGACCACUGCCCCGUGAGGCACGGGCCCCAUGUGGCCAAGGCAGCUGAGGCUCAUGGGAUGAAGUCACAGCUUUAGAGGACGGAGCCUGGGUGGCCUCCCUCCACAGCCUGAUCUUUUAUUUAUGAAGGUGAUGACACAGGGAGAGAGAAGCAGAAGGGAAGGGAGGGACUUGACAAGAAGGCCAGCUGACCUCCUUGCUCUGGAGUACUCUCCGGGCCCUGCCUCGACUUCCCCGAGGAGAGGGCCCGGCUCCCCAUCUAUGCCUCCUGGAGGAGUUUGCUCCCAGGACUCAGGCUCUGCCCAGCCCACAGGCAGGUUUUGGGCCUGGCCCAGGACUCUGCCGGGCGCGCGGCAGGUGUUCAUCUCCCCAGAACAUGGUGCCCCACCUUGGGGUUCAUUCUCCGUAGCGGGGAACCUGGCCUCUCUGGGAGCCCACGGAGGCUAUUUUUAGAGCUUACAGCUGGUUUUUAUCACAGCGGCUGAUAUGUACGUGUAGAAACCCUGGGCUCGUUCUGCCAACACUCUGAACGGACUUCGGAAAUGAGCAGGGUUGGUGUUGAUCAAAUGGGAGCUCGGGGGAACCACAGGCUGACGCAAGUGCCCCAUCCCUGCUGGAUUCUGGGGAGAGAAGGAGGCAAAAGAGCCAGACCCAGCCAGGAGGUCUCAAGGUGGGUGACAGCGGGGAUUAUAUAUCUUCCAAAGAAGGUGUACAUGACAUUGCGGAAGCCAGAGUGGGAUUUUUAGCAGCUUUGGGCUUUGUUGCUUAUUCUCCUUCUGGGAGGUAGCUGAAUAUAGGGGUCGAGAGCACGGGUUGUGGAGUCCAGUGAGCCUGGCUUCGUAUGAUUAUAAGUGUAUCAUCUAGCUGUUGCUGUGUGACAAAUGACCCUUAAACUUAGUUGCUUAAAACAACACGAUUUGGGGACUCAGCAACUUAGCUUAACCAUCCCCUGGAUGGUCCUCAGGUCUGAGUUGGGAUCCUUCAUGCGUUUGUGGUCAGCUGCUGGGUCAGCUGGAGGUGCUGUUUCUGGGGAGCAGCUGGCUAUCAUCCAGGUGAUGGAGACAACUGGGUAGCGUGUCUCUCAUUCUCUGACAGUCUUAUUCUCCUGAUGGAGGCAGGAGUCAAAGACAGAGAGAGAGAGACAGAGAGAGAGAGAGAGACAGAGAGAGAAAGAGAGAGAGAGCAGAAGCAUGUAAGGCUGUUUGAGCCUAAGCUAAGGUAUGGUAAAAAGUCAUUUCCAGCAAAUCUGGGAUCCAAAGCAAAUCACAAGACCAACCCAGAUUCUAGAGGUGGGGAAGUAAACACAACCCCCCCCCUUUUUUUUUUUUAAAGAUUUUAUUUAUUUAUUUGACAGACAG